AUGUUCCAGAUUAACCUCACAGUUGGAGAAGUUGCGGGUCUUAUUUCAGGGUGUAUCUCACUGCUACAUAUUGUGAUCCCCCUGUUAUUUGCUUUUGUGCUUGUCGGCAUCGUCCGUGACCGCUCCUUCGAUGCCGUCACAUGGUCCUCGAUCAGCCAUCUCCUGCAGAGUUCCUGGUGGCCAUUACUCUUGCAGAGCGAUGGCGCGGCGGGGAACUUCAUGGGCAAAAUGGUGCGCUGGCGUGUCUUUGGCGUCUCGUUGCUCGUGACUCUGGCGACCAUCUGCCUGGUCGUCGCAAACUUCCUCACCCCAAAGCCGCUCUUGGAGAAGAUCAAUCCAUCUAGCGGUCUACAUGACGUCGAGUUCUUUUCUGUCACAGACCCGUCCUACUACGGGAUGGCCACACUGGAGCUACAGGGCGUGAACCGGCGGUGCGGCUGGCAGAAGUGGAUGGACUGCCCGCAUUCCAUCUACGAUGACCCGGCGGUAAGAAACCAAUACGUCGACCACACGGUGAUCAACUCGACGAUUCCCGACGUCACUCGAGAAGUCUUCACCAGCGGGACCAAGAUCGGGACCGUGGCCAAUCUUCUGGACAUCGAGUUCCGGGCCUACAACCUGGUCAACAACGUGUAUGUGGAUAACAACGCCACCCGGGCCGUGGGCCGCCUGGAGGUGCUCCCGUCCAUGAUCCUCAACCAGGGAUAUCAUCUGGUCAACGGCUUGAUCAUCGACGCGUACAACGGAGGUAUCGGCAUCCGCAACCACACGGUGCCCGGCGGUCUCGAACUGGGCGCGACGUGGACCGAGGAUAUUCUCUGGGUUAUCCCGGAGACGCGGUGCACCAACACGAACCUUUCCCUGCACUUCUCGGUCAACGGCAACGCCUCCAGCUCCGGGUCCGGCGACGACGGCUACCUGCGCGACGACGGCGGCUUCUCCGACAUCAGCCCCCAAAUCCCCUUACCGGCCUGGAACGACGGCAACACGUGGAAGGACGUGGGCUCCACGCCGCAGCUCAAGCGCAGCGCCGACAUUCUGGCGUGGUGGAACAACCAGUUCGUGGCCCAGGCCCUCAACCUCACGGACUCGGAAAAGGGAGCGAUCUACAGGGGUCAAUUGAACACCUUUGGCUAUCUCAGCGAGCCCGGCGCCAUCAAGAUCAGCAGCAUGGACGGCAUGUUCUUGGAUGAUAUAUAUUACAAGGAGCAGACGACGUUGGAGUCGGAGUUUGAAAAUUACGGCACUCGAUGCAGCGGCUACUACGACGACGACCCGAGCGUGGACGGCAAGGCCUUCAUGCAGUGCGGAUACCUGUACAGCAUCCCGCAGCCGGAGAACGUCGACCAGGGACAAUCGUGGCGCCCCGACCCAGGAUCCCCCUGGCAGCAAAACCUGUACACCUGCGCCAGCUCCGUCGCCGCGACGGUCAAGCAGGUGACGUUCAGCACCAACGGCAGCACAUCGCUCGAGGCGCUGCAGGUGAUUGACGUGCAGGAGAAAGCCUACAACUCCUCUGACCUGCCGCUGUGGGGCGUCGAGAAAGUCGACCCAUCCACGUACAAGAUCUGGGACGUGUACAAGUUCUGGGGCCUGAUCGACGAGUCCCUCGCGGACCACCCGGACGUCGUCGCCCAGCGCGCCGCAAAGAUUUAUUUACCCGCCGCCGUCCGCGGCACUACUUUGGGCAUCCACAUGUACGACUCGUUCGCGGCUGGCGGAGUCUUCACAGCCGCGUGGAACAGUAUUUACUCGUACGCGGCGGCGUUGAGUGAUGUCAAUGAGAAUGCUAUACCAAACUACAGCGGCAAAUCCAACUACGGCCUCACCCUCAAAUGGCGCGAUCUCAUGUCCCGGUCCGCCGGCAGCGCCGGUCCCGAGACGCUGAUGAACCUGAUCUGGACGGACCUAAUCAGCUUCGCCAUCGUCGGCACACGGACGGGCUUCGAGGGCAUGGGAACCAUGUCGACGCUCACAAAACGCGACUCCCAAAGCCAGGUCGGUCUCCGACCUGCGCACAAGUACGAGCGAUCCAUCGCGUACGGGGACCUGCGCUACGCGAUCCCGGCGUUCAUCGUCGGCGCCAUCUUCCUGCUCACUUUGGUGGUUUCGCUGGGCAUGUGCUGCUUCCAGCCACGCAUGUGGAGAGCCCUGGCGCACUACACGCGCCAGACGAGUAUGGGCAGGGCGGUCACGCAGACGAUGCUGAAGGGUGGGCCUGAUGAGAUUAGCGCCGACGCGAGCACGAAGCACUGGGCCAAGCAGGCUAGGUAUAUCAUCUUGCCGGUCCCGCCGUCGCCUAGCGGCUCGUCGAGGAGGUCGCGGGACGAGCACAAGACUAUAGGUAUUGCUACGCCUUCGGGGAGUCCCAGCAUCAUCGACGAGGCGGAUUUGAGCCGUUUGGCGAGAAUACGGGCAACGCUUAAGCCGGGGUUCGCGACUAGCAGGUCUCUGAACGACUAUGGCAGCCAGCGCAGCCAGAUCUCGUACACGGCCAUGGUCGACAACCCGGCUCAUGGCAACCGGGGGCCUUCUUGGAGGGGCUACGAAGGCGAGUCCCUCGAGAGGCUGAGAGAUUAG